CUAAACUUAUUUACUUACAUAAACACAGGGCAUUAAUUAAGUGCAUUAACAAACAUUGAGUUCAUCUUUGUUGUGUCGCACAAUACAGACUGUCAAUGUGCUGAGAAAAUUGCAUACACAUUUCGACAAUGUCGGAGCUAGGGUUUCAAGAUCAGACUCGCUUGCCGAGUUCCGGACUCAGUGGAGCUCGUGACGUGAGUCCUGACUCGGUCAUCUUCACUCCUGACUCUAACUUCACUCUCUUCUCUUCUGCUUCUUGUAGCGUUGAACGCUGCUCUUUUGCUUCCGAUGUUCACGAUCACGACUCUCUCCUCUCCGAUUCCUCUCAGCAUUUGGCUGUACAUGAAUGUGGUGAGAGCUCUUCUAGUGGUCCAGAUCUAGAUCCAAACAAAUCCACAGUACAUAAGAAUAGUAUUGUAUGCAGGAAAGUAGAAAAGGCGAAAGUUCAAACGGAAGGCAGCAAGGUAGAAACAGAUGAUGAAAAUCAAGCACUAGAUUCUGCAAGGAGCUCCUUUUCUCGAGCACUUAAAGAUUGUCAAGUACGGAGGUCUAGAUCCGAGGCUUUGUUAAAGAAACCAGAUAGGCGAAGACCUGCUUCGCUAGAUUUAAAUAAUACUUUAACAAAUGUUGUAAGCUCUUCCCCACGAUUUGGAGUCUUGAAGAAAAGCUCUGUUUUGACUCGUCGAACUAGUACGUUUCUCAGUCCUGGGACACCGAAUUAUAACCACACAAGCUCGGGAAUGCAGAAAGGAUGGAGUUCAGAACGUGUAGCUUUGCCUACAAGUGGUAGCAGAAGAAACAUUAAUAAUGCAUUGCUACCCUUCAAUAACGGAAGAACAUUGCCUUCCAAGUGGGAGGAUGCGGAGAGGUGGAUAGUUAGUCCAGUUUCAGGCGAUGGUUCAUCGCGGCCUUCGUUUCCUCAGCCACAGAGGCGGCCCAAAGCAAAAAGCGGGCCUUUGGGCCCCCCUGGAACUGCAUACUACUCGAUGUACUCUCCAGCUGUGCACAUGUUUGACGGAGGGAUAGUUGAAAAUUUUAUGGCGGCUUCUCCAUUCACAGCUGGAGUGAUUGCUGCAAAUAGUUUUGCAGUUCGACGUGACACAGGUUAUGGAGGAAUCGGAAACUUUUAUGAACGUAUGGAACCCUGCAUAGAAAGAUCAGCCAGUGUUCACGGUUGCUCUGAAACACUCUGUCAAUCAACCUUUCCAGGCUCUCAUGACAGGAAGCUCAACACUGUUGAAGAUGAGCGGAAGAAUAUUUCUCGGGCUGUCUCAAGAAGGGAUAUGGCAACUCAAAUGAGCCCCGAGAGAAGCCCACACUCAUCUCCCAGAGAAAGACACUCUUUUGCUUCGUCAACUAACUCCGGGUUACCCAUUGUGGAGUGGCAGAAUUCCCAUUCCUCUAAACAAGAAGUCAGAGAUGUGCAGGUUGAUGAACGGGUUACCAUGACUAGGUGGUGCAAGAAAAAUAAAUCUCGGACUACAGGAAAAGUGUUAGGAAAUGGUGAUGAUUGGAAAAGGAAAGCUUUGGAGAUCCGCUCCACCAAUUGGGAAGUUUCAGAGACUUCAAACACAAUUUCCAAUACCAAGAGAGAGGAAGCCAGAAUUACUGCUUGGGAGAACCUGCAGAAGGCAAAAGCUGAGGCAGCAAUACGCAAAUUGGAGAUGAAACUAGAAAAGAAGAGAUCAUCAUCCAUGGAUAAGAUUAUGAAAAAGCUCAAAUUAGCUCAGAAAAAGGCCCGGGAAAUGAGGAGAUCUGAUGUCGUUAACCAAGCCCAUCAAGUUGCCACAACUUCCAAUAAGCUUCUAUCUUUACGCAGGACUCGCCAGAUUAGUUCCCUAAGUGGCUGCUUCACCUGCCAUGCAUUUUAGCCUUCAGGGUCUCAUACAUCUUGCAGUACUUCGUCAUAUAGUUAAUUUAACUAUGAUUGUGUCAACGGAUCCGGGUGAUAAUGGAAUACAUGUGAUGGAGGAAUGGAGAGUGAAACGGAGUAACUAUCACCAGGUACUGUUUUGUUAUUCUGUUUAAAUGGUGUCAGGUCAGAUUAUUAGAGUGAAGCACCCACUAAAGCCUCCGACUCAGAGAUGUGUGGAGUUCAGACUACCUGAUUUCUUGACUUGUUCAAGUUCAUCAACAAUUAAAGCAAAUGUUGUCUUAUGUAUGGGUGAAAAAUUGACAGAAUUAUAGUAUCUCAUGGAUGAAUUGAAAAUGUUGUUUUCAAAGUUUUUAAGUUUGGUUAAA